ACUUUUACAAAUCAUAAAUACUUUUUAAAUAUGACUAUUGAUAACACCUGGUGGAAAGAUUCAACUAUCUAUCAAAUUUGGCCUGCCUCCUACAAAGAUUCUAACGGUGAUGGUGUUGGUGAUAUUCCAGGUAUUAUCUCCACUUUAGAUUAUCUUAAAGACUUAGGAGUUGAUAUCAUUUGGUUAAGUCCAAUGUACGAUUCUCCGCAAGAUGAUAUGGGUUACGAUAUUAGUGAUUAUCAAAACAUUUAUCCAAAAUAUGGUACUCUUGAAGAUAUGCAAAAUUUAAUCGAUGGUUGUCAUGAAAGAGAUAUGAAAAUCAUUUGCGAUUUAGUUAUUAACCAUACUUCUUCUCAACACGCUUGGUUUAAGGAAUCCAGAUCUUCCAAGACUAAUGCUAAAAGAGAUUGGUAUAUUUGGAAGAAACCAAGAUAUGAUGAAAGUGGUAACAGAUUACCUCCCAACAACUGGAUGUCUCACUUUUCUGGUUCUGCUUGGGAAUUCGAUGAACUUACUCAAGAAUACUACUUGAAACUUUUCGCUAUUUCUCAACCAGAUUUGAACUGGGAAAAUAAGGAAGUCAGAGAUGCUAUUUAUGACACUGCCUUGAAAUUCUGGUUCGACCGUGGGGUUGAUGGUUUCAGAAUCGAUACAGCUGGUAUGUACUCCAAAGAUCAAGCCUUCCCAGAUGCUCCAAUCGUAUUCCCAGAUCAAUAUUACCAACCAAGUGGAUUAUAUACCAACAACGGUCCUAGAAUCCACGAAUUCCACAAGGAAAUGUACAAGAAGGUAACUUCAAAGUAUGAUGUUAUGACCGUUGGUGAAGUUGGCCACUGUUCUAGAGAACAAGCUUUGAAAUAUGUCAGUGCCUCGGAAAAGGAAAUGAAUAUGAUGUUCCUUUUUGAUGUUGUCGAAGUUGGUUGUAGCACUGGUGAUAGAUUCAGAUAUAAAGGUUGGGAAUUGAAGGAUUUCAAAAAGGCAGUCGAGAACCAAUGUCAAUUUAUUGAAGGUACUGAUGCUUGGUCUACUGUUUUCAUUGAGAACCAUGAUCAAGCUAGAAGUGUCUCUAGAUUUGGUAAUCCUCAAUAUCGGGAAAAGAGUGCUAAAUUGUUAUCAUUGUUGCAAGCUUCCUUAACUGGUACACUUUUCAUUUACCAGGGUCAAGAGAUUGGUAUGACCAACUUACCUGCCUCUUGGUCUAUUGACGAAUAUAAGGAUAUCAAUACUAUUAACUACUAUAAACAAUUUGUUGAAAAAUAUGGUAAAGAUGCUGAUUUUGAUAUCAAGGAAAAGAAACUUAUGAAUAUUAUCAGCCAAGUUGCUAGAGACCAUGCGAGAUCACCAGUUCAAUGGGACAGCACUGCUUAUGGUGGGUUUUCCACUGGUAAGCCAUGGACCAGAGUCAACGACAACUUCAAGGAAAUCAAUGUUAAAUCACAGCUCAAUGAUUCCAAUUCAGUAUUGAACUUCUGGAGAGAGAGCUUGAAGGUGAGAAAAGAAUACAAAGACUUGUUUAUCCAUGGUGAAUUUAAGAUUUUGGAUUUUGACAAUACAAAAUCUUUUACUUUUAUCAAGGAAUCUCACAAAGAUUCUCAAAAGGCUUAUGUUGUUCUUAACUUCUCUACUGAUUCUGUAGAAUUCAGCAAGUUAAUUGAUGGUCUGUACAAGUUAGUUCAUUCAAAUGUGGAAGAUGUCAAGGAAGACGUUUUAUCUCCAUAUGAAGGUCGUAUUUAUAUCGUAGAUUAGUUUUUAUAGUUUUGGUUGCCAGAUUUAUUUAGCGCGAUUUAAUACAAGUUGCAUAUUUUUUUU